AUGGCUGGAAGUCUAUCAAAAAUCAUUCUGGAUAUGUCGAAAAUAGAACCUCUAGACGGCUCAAAUUAUAGGAGAUGGUCUCAAAAACUGUUGAUUUUGUUUGAAGCCUUAGAGGUUGAUUAUGUGCUAUUUGAAGAUCCUCCCGCUGAUGUCAAUGCUUCUGAAUCAUCUACUCCUGAAACUCCUGCCACCCCUGUCGUCACACCACUUCCUGCAGAAACCAAUAAAGCUGACGAAGAAGCAAAGAAGAAAUAUGAAAAGGACAACAAAAUUGCUAGAGGUCAUCUGCUAACUCAUAUGGCAGAUAAUAUGUUUGAUCUUUUCAUUAAUCAAAAGUCUGCGAAAACAAUAUGGGACACUCUGCUGAAACGUUACGGCGAUGACGAUGCUAGAAGAAAGAAAUAUGUGGUAGGAAAUUGGCUGCGUUUCCAAAUGAUGGAUGACAAACCAAUCAUGGAGCAGAUUCAUGAGUAUGAGAAUCUAGUUGGUGAUAUACUAAAUGAAGGAAUGAAGAUGUGUGAGAUAUUGCAGGCUAAUGUGCUUCUAGAAAAAUUUCCACCUUCGUGGAGUGACUACCGCAACCAACUGAAACACAAGAAGAGGGACUUGUCACUUUAA